GCGCUAAAGGGCUUACCCAGGAGGGGGGUGGAAGGGCGGGGAGAGGCUCCCCCUUAAAUACCGCUCUCGGCCGCAGUCGCGCGCUCACCUCGGCACCCACUCACUCCUCGCCCGCCGCUGCCGGAUUGUGCCGAAGAGGAGGGGGCGUUCCCCAGACCAUGGCAUCCACCGAAGGGUUCUGUGGAGCUGUGAAAAAGAGUGACGAAAAAUUCUCUUGAGCUUACUUUUGAGAUUCAAAAACAACGAGGAAUGGGGCGCAGUGAGAGCGGCAGACAUUGCCGGGGAAGCAGCGCUCGGAGCGCGGCGCCGGCUGGAAGUGCCAACAACAUGCCCAAGCAGGUGGAAGUCCGGAUGCACGACAGCCACCUCAGCUCGGAGGAGCCGAAGCACCGGCAUCUGGGGCUGCGCUUGUGCGACAAGCUGGGGAAGAACCUCCUGCUCACGCUGACUGUGUUUGGUGUCAUCCUGGGGGCAGUAUGUGGAGGGCUUCUUCGCUUGGCAUCUCCUAUCCACCCUGAUGUGGUUAUGUUAAUAGCCUUCCCAGGGGAUAUACUCAUGAGGAUGCUAAAAAUGCUCAUUCUCCCUCUAAUCAUCUCCAGUUUAAUCACAGGGUUGUCGGGCCUGGAUGCUAAAGCCAGUGGCCGCUUAGGCACCAGAGCUAUGGUGUAUUACAUGUCCACCACCAUCAUCGCCGCAGUGCUGGGGGUCAUCCUGGUCUUGGCUAUCCACCCAGGGAACCCCAAACUCAAGAAGCAGCUGGGGCCUGGAAAGAAGAAUGAUGAAGUGUCCAGCCUGGAUGCCUUUCUGGACCUUAUUCGAAACCUCUUCCCUGAAAACCUUGUCCAAGCCUGUUUUCAGCAGAUUCAAACAGUGACAAAGAAAGUCCUGGUGACCCCUCCAACAGACGAGGACAACAAUGCCACCAAUGCUGUCAUCUCGCUGUUGAAUGAGACUGUGACAGAGGCACCAGAGGAAAUGCAGGUGGUUAUCAAAAAGGGCCUGGAGUUCAAGGACGGCAUGAACGUCUUAGGUCUGAUAGGGUUUUUCAUUGCUUUUGGCAUCGCCAUGGGGAAGAUGGGUGAGCAGGCCAAGCUGAUGGUGGAAUUCUUCAACAUCUUGAACGAGAUUGUAAUGAAGUUGGUGAUCAUGAUCAUGUGGUACUCUCCCCUGGGUAUCGCCUGCCUUAUCUGUGGGAAGAUCAUUGCAAUCAAGGACUUAGAAGUGGUUGCUAGGCAACUGGGGAUGUACAUGAUCACGGUGAUUGUUGGCCUCAUCAUCCAUGGGGGCAUCUUUCUCCCCUUGAUUUACUUUCUAGUGACCAGGAAAAACCCUUUCUCCUUUUUUGCUGGCAUUUUCCAAGCUUGGAUCACUGCCCUGGGUACCGCUUCCAGUGCUGGAACAUUGCCUGUCACCUUCCGUUGCCUGGAAGAAAAUCUAGGGAUUGAUAAGCGUGUGACCAGAUUUGUCCUCCCGGUCGGAGCAACCAUUAACAUGGACGGCACGGCCCUUUAUGAAGCGGUGGCCGCCAUCUUUAUAGCCCAAAUGAAUGGCGUCAUCCUAGACGGAGGCCAGAUUGUGACCGUAAGCCUCACAGCCACGCUGGCCAGCGUUGGCGCAGCCAGUAUCCCCAGUGCCGGGCUGGUCACCAUGCUCCUUAUUCUGACUGCUGUGGGCCUGCCGACGGAGGACAUCAGCCUGCUGGUGGCUGUGGACUGGCUGCUGGACAGGAUGAGAACUUCUGUCAAUGUUGUGGGCGACUCAUUCGGGGCUGGGAUUGUCUAUCACCUCUCCAAGUCUGAGCUGGACACCAUUGACUCCCAGCACCGAAUGCAUGAAGAUAUUGAAAUGACCAAGACUCAGUCCAUUUAUGAUGACAUGAAGAACCAUAGGGAAAGCAACUCUAACCAGUGUGUCUAUGCCGCACACAACUCUGUCAUAGUAGAUGAGUGCAAGGUAACUUUGGCAACCAACGGAAAGUCAGCCGACGGCAGUGUUGAGGAAGAACCUUGGAAACGUGAAAAAUAAGGAUAUGACCCUCAGCAAAUCCUUCAAUAAACUCCCCAGCGUGUCUUAUGGUAAAAGAGGAUAUAAAUGACCUUUCUUUAAAAAGAAAAAAAAAUACAUGUAUUUCUGUGUUGACUUAAUCUGUUAGCUGAGGCUUAGAGGAUCUGUUGUGAGUCAGUGAGAGGCACGGUGCUGUGUCUUUGCCAAAUAAUGCUUCGUAACCGUCUAGUUUUCUCAUUUGUGUUACUGUUUGAACGGAUGCUGCUGGGGGAAUCAGUUUGAAUUGAAGACGCGUCCUUGCCAGCUUCCCUUUUCCCUCGAGAUGCAGAACCGACCGUGGAUCCUUUUUCCCAGGGGACACGUCUAAAGCCGGGUGGCACAUUCCAGGCCCUCGCGGUAAUGAGCAGACUCUCAGUGUUACUCCUUCCAGUGUUCUCCAGGCCUCGCCGUGUAAUGCACGAGACAUUCUGUUAGACGCCUCUAGAAGUAAAUCCCCUUAAAUGUCUUGCAGUGUCUGCCCUUGUGUUCGUUAAAAGAAAGUACCAGUCUUAGGGAACUUUGCCGAUUUCUCUUCUGUAGUAGACUCUUUAAGCUAAAUGUUUCCAAGAGUAGUGGGAGCCAUCCUCUUAAAGGCAGCUGCUUACAGAACCCGCUGAGUCUCUGCUCUACCCUACCUAGUCUGUGGGGAUCAUUGUUGAAGUGUCAAAGUAUGUUUCAUAAUUUGCUCUAAAUUUGAUCAUGGAUUAGGCUGUAAUGUGCAGCAACUACUGUAUAUAUUGACAAAAGAGCACAGUCAACACACAUUUUAACCAGAUUCAAAGAGUCAAAUUUGUUUACAUUUGGUUUGCAUCACCUGGCGUAGUGAAAUCAAGUGAGAUCGUUUGAUCUACGCUUCAGUUUCUUUGUUUCAUCCGUAAAAUUCUGAUUUGGGUUUCUAACAAAAUAGACAUUCUUAAUCCCCAAAUUACUUCAGUCGUAUUCUCAUCCAGUUUGAUGGCUUAACCAUUUUACUUUCCUCACAUAUGAAGGACAGUUGUGUUGGCUGUGCCUCUUUUAAUACGAAUCUCUUGAUAAACACAAAAACAAAACCAAACACUGUUAGUUAUCAAAUAUGCAGGAAGCUUUUAAAAAAUAUUCUAUUGAAGCACAUAAAGCCAGUUACAGGACAGAGUUGGAAGCAAAGCCUGUCUUUCUCCCUCAUCUUCUCUGUGGAAAGGAACC